AAUUAAUUCGCAAUCAACACAUUAAUUAUCAGCUCUUGAUAUGAGAAUUGUCGAAUUUUGGAGAAUGAUAAAGAAUCAUAUAAGUUUAUUCGUACGUGAUAAAUCACACAUAUUGGACAACUGCUACAUAAAUAAGCUAUUAUUCUCUCUCAAAAAAGAGCGAUAGAGAGAAAGCAUUAAUUUUUGCUCUUCAAACUUUUACUUGAUUUAUCUAUAUUUAUUUUUGAUAAGAAAAAUUAACUGUCUUCAAUAGUUAACUCUUCAUAGUUGCUAUGUAACUCAGCUAUAAUAUAAAGUUUAUAUCAAGGUUGAUUAAAUAGUAAAAUAAGUUGUAAUAUUUAUAUAUUUGACAAAUUCUCCUGUCAUUUGAAGUAACUUCCGCAAAAUCAAUCAACUUUCAAUAAAUUGCUUAUGAUUCUUUUUAUUCAAUGAAUCAUCGUUUGCUGGAUCACCGUCAAGAAAAUUUGCAUACUGUGCAACACUGGCAACGCAACGCAAGCGAACGAGCGAACGUGAAAGAGCGUGAGUGGCAAGGGUAAGGUACAGGGGUGGCUGUGCGGUGGUCCAGGUGGAGGAGGUAUGGCUGCACCGAGAUUAAUCUUCGCCCUCGACCAAGGAAGGAAGUUGGAUUCCGUUUCCUGUCUGCAGGCGGUAGGUAGAUUUCGACCUUAUACCGAUGGCUGACGAGGCAAGUUCUCCCUCGGCGGUGGCGGUGUUUCUCGAGGUUAGCUCGAGUUACAGUCCAGUGGAGCGACUAAACUCGACCCUUCCGCAACCCGAGCCCGUUCUCCUUCGCCGGCGUUCGUGCGCCAGCUCGACUACUCGAGCCUAACGCUAAUCGAUCUCUGAGAAGCAUCGUCGUAUUGCCGCGCGCUGCAGCAGGAGAAAUCACUUUACAAUCGCGUUUUCCACACGAAGGCGGCGUUCUCGAGAUUAGGGGGAUGCUCCUCCGUUUUUAGCCUUUCUUUAUCUGUGAUAUUCCCCGUUGAAAUGUUUCGAAAUGAUUAGCGUUGAUCGGUGUCGGAGAUACUCUUUCCUUCUCACCGCUUCAGCGUAAUUCCCACCGCGCGAUCAAGAGGAACUCUUGUAUCGCUUCCACCGCUCGCACCGGAUGAGAUAGAGCGAUGUCAUCGCGUCCUUUCACGGUCUCUCCGCCUUAACGGGAUUCCUCAUCCCGCUUCUUUCCUCGCCGUCCGCCUGCAGCCUUCAUCGAAAUACCGGCCACGAUCUCGCCCUCGGGGGCUCGAGGGCGGGAGCGCGGGGGCGGUUACGCCGACGCGCGUUAACUUCACGCGACAUUACCCUGAUGCGGAUUUCUUUGUAUUAUCGGGUCGGGGCACGACGUGAAAGCCGCUGGAAGACCUUUUCAGUAUGGACGACGGACCGCCGUUCGACGGACGGGAAUCUCCUGUGGAACGUGCGCAAAGACGGCGACGCGGCGCGAUGUAUCGCGACGCGCGGGUGACUGAUGAGCUCUUCGUACAUUCCUCCUAUUAUUCGCGAAUCAUCCUUUAAUUUAGCGGAAGCGAUGGGUGCGGAAUACCGAUUCACUGCUGAUAACUUGUACGAGGAAGCACGUCUUAAUUGCGCAAAGUGCAUAAAUGGGGAAAGAUCAUCGUUUGCAGCAAAUUUUUACCAUAGGAAAAAAUUAUCUCAAAACGUAAAAUCGGCGGAUUUUCGGACUUUAUCGGUUCACGAUGAAUCGCGAGGUGAUUUUCGGAUAUGUGGAAGACGCUCGUGAUGCAAGCUACUUAUGUAUACACUGCGGAGAGGAGGAAAGCUCAAGGGCGAGGGGGUUGGACCGGGGAGGAAGGAUUCUCGUGUGUCUGCGAGUAUCUGCAGACACGAACGAUGACAGCUGUGUGGAAUACGGCGUAUUAAGGGGUGAAUGUAUUGGAUGCUACAGAAUACACGUAGCUCCAUCAAGGAAAAACGACGGUGGUGUUGCGUCGGUGAUGUUUCGUCAAUAUUUAAACAGUUACUUAACAUUUAAUGUCGCGGUAAAAAAUUAAGUGCGGAAUCAAGCAGCGGAAACACUAAACGUUAAGACGACGCGCACUAUUCUCGGAUCAUCCAUUAUCAAAAAAUUUGUAAUUUUUUAAAUUGCCGGAAUGAUUAAAAAGUUGAAAGAUUUGCUUAUCGCAAAUAAUUCUGCGAGAAAUUAUGAGACAUCCUGUAUAAAACGGAUUCUGUUCCCAAGAGGGUGCGCAGACAAGAGGAAUGAUGUAGAUGUAGAAGGUUAAGAGGUGGUUACAGAUGGUCGGUUGGAAGAGGAUUGGUCUCCCUGCUGCGUGACGGAUCGUUUUAGCCGAAAUCCAAAUAAUUGUAACGAAAUAUGGUCCGAAGGAAAGCGCAAGUGACUGGUGGUGUAAAUAGAUUUGCUGACACCAACGAUUUGUCUGUCGUACGUUAACUUGUUGACAUCGGACGAUGUGAAAUGUGAUUGAAUGAGAAGCGAUGGAUGCAAUAUGAACAAUAAUAUACUAUUUUUUAAAUGCAGUCCGGAUCAAUUCCGUCACGAAAUAAAUACAAAAUUGCAUCUUCACCUGUUAUGUUACCACAAUAAAAAAAUAUUCGUCUUA